CGCCAGGGGAGGGCGAUGCUGGGCUGGGGUGAGCCCGUCCCGCACCUCACCUCCUCCUUGUCCUUUCCCCCUCCAGGCCUCCGGCGGUGGCUGUGCUCGGCUGCCGCGGCUCCCCGGGUCUGCGUGGUGGGCAGCGGGCCCGCGGGCUUCUACACGGCUCAGCACAUCCUGAAGCACCAUGGUGGGGCACAAGUGGACAUCUAUGAAAAGCUGCCUGUUCCCUUUGGGCUCGUCCGGUUUGGGGUGGCCCCAGAUCACCCUGAAGUCAAGAACGUGAUCAACACCUUCACGCAGACAGCGCGCUCGGGGCGCUGCUCCUACCAUGGCAACGUCAGCGUGGGCAGGGAUGUGACGGUGGCAGAGCUGCGGCAGGCGUACCACGCUGUGGUGCUGAGUUAUGGUGCUGAAGAUAACCGGGUCCUGGGCAUCCCAGGGGAGAACCUCUCUGGUGUGUAUUCAGCCCGAGCAUUCGUGGGCUGGUACAACGGGCUGCCGGAGAACCAGGACCUGAAUCCUGACCUGAGCUGUGAGACAGCGCUGAUUCUGGGUCAUGGCAAUGUGGCUCUGGAUAUUGCCCGGAUCCUCCUGUCCCCACUGCAGCUCCUCAGGAAGACAGACAUCACUGACGGCUCCUUGGCAGCUCUUGCCUGCAGCAAGGUGAAGCGUGUCUGGCUGGUCGGGAGGAGGGGACCUCUCCAAGUGGCUUUCACUAUCAAGGAGCUGCGGGAGAUGAUAAACCUGCCUGGUACCAGGCCUGUGCUGAACCCUGCUGACUUCACAGGCUUCGAGGAUGCUGUUAAAGAUGCCCCCAGGCCUAGGAAGCGCCUGACUGAGCUGAUGAUGAAAACGGCCCUGGAGAAGCCUCUGGAGAAGCCAGUGGAGACCAUGGCCCCCCGGGAAUGGGGGCUGAAGUUCCAGCGCAGUCCCCAGGAGGUGCUGCCCACUGCUGAUGGGCGGCGGGCAAGGGGCAUCCGCAUGGCCCUGACCCGCCUGGAGGGCUCAGGUGACUCUGCCAAAGCCAUCCCUACUGGAGACAUGGAGGAGCUGGAGUGUGGGCUGGUGGUCAGCAGCAUCGGGUACCGGAGCCUGCCGCUGGACCCAGCAGUGCCCUUCGACACCCAGCGUGGCAUCAUUCCCAACAGCUCGGGCAGAGUGGAGGGUGUCCCAGGUUUGUACUGCAGCGGGUGGGUGAAGAGAGGACCCACGGGUGUGAUCAUCACCACCAUGAACGACAGCUUUGACACUGCCCAGUCUGUGCUGGAGGAUCUCCAGAGGGGCGUGCUGGAUGUGUCCACCCCCAGAGAAGGCUUUGGAGCUAUGGAGAGCAUCCUGCGCAGCCGAGGGGUCCGCCCUGUUUCCUUCUCGGACUGGGAGAAGAUAGAUGCUGCUGAAGUGGCACGAGGCAAAGCCGCUGGCAAACCCCGAGAGAAGAUCGUGGAUCUUCAGGAGAUGCUGCGGAUCAUUGGUCACUGAAGCACCAGCGGUGGGAAUGUGGUGCUGGUCCAGCUGGUGCUGUCCUGAGGCAAGGCCAGUGGGUUACAGCAUGGCCUAGAGCACAGAGCUUGUGGCUGUGCUGGAGAGGGGACACUC